AUGGCGGAAAAUCGGCUGGAUACCAAUUUCUCCAGCGUCUCCGCCUCGCUGGGAAACGGGUGCGCGGCGGGCGAGGAGCGGCACUUUCAGCACCAGGGACAGUUCUCCGCGCCCGUCUCCGUCCUACUGGCCUCGCUGAUGGGACUUGUGGUUCUGAUCACGGUGCUGGGCAACGCGCUGGUCAUCUUGGCUUUCGUGGUGGACAAGAGCCUCAGGACCCAAGGGAAUUUCUUCUUCCUCAACUUGGCCAUUGCUGAUCUUUUAGUAGGUGGAUUUUGCAUCCCUCUAUACAUCCCUUACAUCCUGACAGGCGAGUGGAAGUUUGGAAAGGGCUUGUGCAAGCUCUGGCUGGUGGCCGAUUACCUGGUCUGCAGUGCCUCCGUCUUCAACAUUGUUCUGAUCAGUUUUGACAGAUUCAUCUCUGUGACAAAGGCGGUGAGUUACAGAGCUCAGAAGGGGAUGACCAAGAACACAGUGGUAAAAAUGGUCAUGGUCUGGGUAGCGGCAUUUCUCCUUUACGGCCCAGCGAUCAUCAGCUGGGAAUACAUUGCACAUCGAAGCAUCCUGCCUGAGAAAGAGUGUUAUGCUGAGUUCUUCUACAACUGGUACUUCCUCAUGAUUGCCUCCACGAUAGAGUUCUUCACUCCUUUCAUCAGCGUCUCCUACUUCAACUUAAGCAUUUACAUCAACAUUAGGAAGAGGACCCCCCUGAGGAGGGAGACAGUGCCGCUCCGUCACAGAGGCGGCAAAAGUCGCCCCCGAGAGAAGCAAGAACACCCCAACUUUUUUAUGAAAGUGAGCCAGAAAAGGAGUAAGGAGAAGGCAACAAGCAGCUCCUCCUUUGCCGAACCCUCGGUCCAGCAGCUCAACAUAGGUCACCUUCAGAGCCAGCCGGCCGAUUUUAACGUCAACCAAGACCUUCUGCCUUUGCAAGUGGAUCUUCAGACUAAAUCCCCGUGGGAUGGUUUCUACAAAGCUCUGGAGAGUCUUUCCACCACCAAGAGAAAAACAGAGGUUGCCAACACUAUGGCUAGCCGGUUCCGGCUUUCCCGGGAUAAAAAAGUGGCCAAAUCUUUGGCCAUCAUCGUCUGCAUUUUUGCUCUCUGUUGGGCUCCUUACACACUGCUGAUGAUCAUCAGAGCAGCUUGCCAUGGAAAAUGCAUCCCGCAUGCUCUCUACGAAGCCUCCUUUUGGCUCCUGUGGUUGAAUUCAGCCAUUAACCCCAUAUUAUACCCUUUGUGCCACAUGAGUUUCAGAAAAGCUUUUUUCAAACUGUUGUGCCCGGGGAAAGCUAAGAUCCACCCCAAUAUGUUCCUGUGAGAACAUAUAAGGCGAGA